AUGCCUGUGCGAUGGAUUCGCUGUGAUUUGAAGCUUGACACUGAAAUUUGCAGAAGCUGCAUCAAAAGAAACGAAGAACGAGGUGAAUCUGCAGGUGAAAGGAGAAAUUGCAGGUCAUCGCACUAUCUAAUCGAGCUAAAUCUGCAGGAGAGCCCAUUUUUGGGUCUCAGGAGAGCUCAAUUUAUCGAUAGACUCGGCAUUCCCUUAGCCUAUAUGAGGAAGAAGAAGAGAUCGGAAGGGAGAAGAGCUCGCAAGUGGGAGAAGGCAAAUGAAAGUGGCGAUGUAUGA